UCAGUUUAUUUUUGAGUCGAACGUCGACCACAGCUGCAGCAAACUAUGGCUUCUAAAGCGGAGCUUUUGGUGGUUGAGGAAGAUGGAUCGGUGAAGAAGGAAGAAAUUACUUUGAAUUUUCCAAACAGGAAUAAGAACAAACAAUACAAACUUCGCAUUGUAACCUCUCGAAACAGCGCUUCUCACCUUCAACCAAAACCUGAUUCCAGCCAAACCCAACUGAAUUUAGAUACCAGCCAGCAUAGUGCCGACAGCAGAGGAUUCCAGUAUGGAAUGUCCAGUAAAGUGUGUGGUGUGAGUGGAGUGGAAGAGGUGCGUCUACUGCUCAGUCCACAGGAAAUCCACAAAUUGAACUCAUGCUUUAACCUAAUUGGCUUUUACCAAACUCUGGUAUCUCACCCUUCGGUUCUUCUUAAUUCAUUUUUUGAUGGAACGAAAUAUAAACCUAAGAAAGGAAAAGUUCAAGAAAUCUGUAGUUUGGCCUCACAGUUCUUCAGCUCCUCAGACAAAGAUGAAAUCCAGAAAUUCUCAGAAAAACUCAAGCAUCACUUGAACAUUACAGUAGCUAACACUUGCUGUGGUCUGAAUAACCCUACACGGACGAUGGUGCUUGGUGUCCUUUUGGUCCUGUUGGCAGCCAAAGAGGCAAUGUUUAUAAACCGUUUGAAGAAUACUGGAGAUAUAUCAGAAAAAAUAAAAAUCUCAGACAUCUCCAAUUAUAAAGAGCAGUUUGAACAGAUGGUAAAAGAAUUUGAUGUACAGGCUGGGCUGUUGACCGUACCGUUCCAGGGGAAAAAUGUUUUUGUUCUUUUCAGGAACCCAUCUCCAGAUGACUGGGCAUCUGGUGGUGUAAGUGAAUCAGAUUCUGGGGUACAGUUCACAUUUGGACUGUGCCAUAGGCUUUAUUCCAUGUCUGGCACAGGCUGGGAGAUACAGUUUCUACAAAGCUUAAAGGAAUCCUACGACAUCUCCUCUGUUUUCCACCUUCCUGGUUUUGCCCAUCACCUGCUGAUGGACCCUGAGUGGAGAAAGAAGUUGGAUUCUUUGCAGAUAAAAGAGAGUCAGAAAGACGUGAUUGCUGAAUUCUCUAAACUUGCUGAGAGAUUCCUCUGUCUGGAGUAUAAGAAAUACCAUUACACAUUCAUAAAAUGUUUCGAAGACAAAAUGGAGAAAUGCUCUGUUGUCACUUCUUUCCCAGAAGGAGGUGAAGGGCUAAUUAUUUAUGGGAUGCUAGUAGCUUUAAAGGCAGCAUUGAUUGCCAAGGGUAUUAAAGAUAGAGCCAUAGGUAUUUUGGAAGAAGAUCCAGGAACAGAUGUUCCUGUUUUGGAAAUAGAUGCUGUUAAAUCUAACACAACCAAUGAUCAAGAAAAAUCAGGGCAAAGGGAUCGUACUAAACAAGAAACCAUAGAUCAAUCUAAAGUUAAACCCACUGAUCCAGCAAAACAGAAUCUCAAUAAUGAACCUAAACAAGUCAGUGGUGAACCUAAACAGGAAGCUGGUGAUGAACGUAAACAGGAAGCUGGUGAUGAAUGUAAACGGGAAGCCGGUAAUGAACCUAAACAGGAAGCCAGUGGUGAACCUAAACAGAAAGUCGGUGGUGAACCUAAACAGGAAGCCGGUGGUGAACCUGAACAGGAAGCCGGUGAUGAACGUAAACAGGAAGCUGGUGAUGAACCUAAACAGGAAGCCGGUGGUGAACCUAAACAGGAAGCCAAUGAUGAACGUAAACAGGAAGCCGGUGAUGAAUGUAAAAAGGAAGCUGGUGAUGAACGUAAACAGGAAGCCGGUGAUAAACAUAAACAGGAAGCCGGUGAUGAACAUAAACAGGAAGCUGGUGAUGAAUGUAAACAGGAAGCUGGUGAUGAACAUAAACGGGAAGCUGAAGCCGGUGAUCUAGCUGAAAAGGAAGUCGGUGAUGAACGUAAACAGGAAGCUGGUGAUGAACCUAAACAGGAAGCCAGUGGUGAACCUAAACAGGAAGCCAGUGGUGAACCUAAACAGGAAGCUGAUGAUGAACGUAAACAGGAAGCUAGUGGUGAACCUAAACAGGAAGCCGGUGGUGAACCUAAACAGGAAGCCGGUGAUGAACGUAAACAGGAAGCUGGUGAUGAACCUAAACAGGAAGCCAGUGGUGAACCUAAACAGGAAGCCAAUGAUGAACGUAAACAGGAAGCCGGUGAUGAAUGUAAACAGGAAGCCGGUGAUAAACAUAAACAGGAAGCCGGUGAUGAACAUAAACAGGAAGCUGGUGAUGAAUGUAAACAGGAAGCUGGUGAUGAACAUAAACAGGAAGCCGGUGAUGAAUGUAAACAGGAAGCCGGUGAUCUAGCUGAAAAGGAAGUCAGUGAUGAAUGUAAACAGGAAGCUGGCGAUGAACGUAAACAGGAAGCCGACGAUGAACGUAAGCAAGAAGUCAGUGAUGAACCUAAACAGGAAAUCAGUGAUGAACAUAAACAAGAAGUCAGUGAUGAACCUAAACAGGAAGCCGGGGAUGAACCUAAACAGGAAGCCAGGGAUGAAGAUAAACAGGAAACUGAAGAUGAAGCUAAACAGGAAGCCAGUAUCGGACAUAAACUGGAAGCUGAGGAUGAAACUAAACAGGAAGUUGGGGAUGAACGUAAACAGGAAGCCAAUGAAGCUGGUGAUCUGGCUAUAAAGGAAACUGGUGAUCUAGCUAAAAAGGAAGCCAGCGAUCCAGCUGAAGAAGAAACUAUUGGUUUAGAUGUACAAAGGAUUGGUUAUACUGGUGUACAGACAGAAGAUGCUGCUACUGUUGAAGAAGCUGAUGACAUAGAUGUACAUGGAUCCAUUAACACCAGGGUAGAAGAUAGUCACAAAGCUGCUUUAACUUUCGUCAAGGAAUAUCAGCAUUUACGUGAACGAAGAACUAUUGAGAUUAAAGAAUCAGCAGACUCAGGGGGUAAAACCGAUAGAGGUGAGGUCACCCCAGUACCAACUGGUAUGGAUGCUAGAGUUCUCCUAGUGGGAAUUAUUGUAAUAUUUCUAUUGCUCUAUAUUUUUUAUAGAUAAAUGUUUUUAUACAUUCAUAAUUUGUAAAGUGCCAGUUCUGCUGAUCUUGUGCAUAUUGAUCCCAGUGGCCAUGGUUAUAAUGUUAGCACUAAGCAGGUGAUGCUAUCAACUUCUCAUUGUUCAUGAAAGUGGAGUACUUUCCCACUGAGUAAUCCCUCCACGUCUUUAUUAUCUGAAUCCUUGUUGUCUCCAUUAGUUAUUCUUUCUGAAAAUACUUAAAAUUCUCUGCAUAAAAUAAAAUAUUAAUUCCCAAGUGUUUGUGUGGAU